UGGAGGGGGCACAUCUCUUUAAAAAUACUGAAGGUAUACCAUCAGGGCCACAACAAGCAGAAGAUUUCAGCUUAGAAAGGAUAAUCUCAAUUUUAAAAAUAUCAAAACUAAAUAUAUUAAAUAUAAAUGAAUUGUCAAUGCUGAACAGGAUAAGGAUUCAAUAAGUCAGCAGAAGAAAAUACACCAGGAAUGCAUCAACAAAAAGAUCUGCCGAAUUGUCUGCGACAUGUCGGCGACAAUUCGGCGUCCAUUUUGCAUUCGUGCACAUUGGGCGAGCGGCAGCGAAUUUUUCAUGCAACAAGAAACUUUCGUGGCGGUCGUGACCAACUGUCAAAAGUCGAGAGGUGGACGCAGACAUGUCCCCGAACGGCCAAGAACAGGCAAGAAAGAUGCCAAACUUGUUCGCGACACAGGAUGACUUGAAUAUUCGCGCACAUUCGUGAGGCAAAAUUCGGCAGUGUAUUUGGGGCGUAAGAAGCGAUAAAGAGCGGAACGAACAGGUCAAAGGAAGAAGAAGGUCUGGGCGCCACUUGUAAACACGGCAGCAUGGGGGACAGAUUAAGAAGUUCGUUGAAGAAACAAAGUAUUUUGACAAAGAAAAGAAACUCAGAAGUAACCAGAAAUGUUAAUGUCAUCGAUGUCAGUGAGGAGCUUGCCAAACUGCAGCCAUCACAACAGCUUGUUGACUUUUAUCGGGAAAAAGUCACUAAGCUUGAAACACAACACAAUGAUGUGUUGCAAUUACUUGAAAGAUACAAGAAGGCAUCAAGACCCACAUUUGAGGAGAGUGAGCGGCAGGAUAUGACGUGUGAGCUGAUUGAGUUGCGGUCGGCCCUCUCAGAUAUAAAUAUUUUUAUGCAUGCUGAGAGACAGCAAGUCACUCGUGUUCAUGCAGAAAAUGAACAGUUGCAGUUGGCACUUCUUGAAGCUGAAAAGAAGGUAUUGCUGCUGCUGACUCUGAGUGGCUUAACAGAAGGAGAGUUGAAGGUAUUCAUGCGUGACCCCCGGCACACUCACAUUGUCAAGCAGAGGCUGCCACCUCACCUCAGGGCACUGCACAAGAAGCUGAGGAAGGACUUGCCACAACCUACACCAGGACAGCCAGUGGAGAGUGACGCAGAGCUAAGACUGAAGGCGGAGAUGAAGUCCUUGAAGAGACAAUUACAAGAAUCAGAAAGGAAUUGGCACAAGGAAAAAGAUGUUCUUCUUCAAGAUAGAACUUUGAAGGCUUCUGAAAGCAAACUCCAGGCCUCCAAGGAUGAGGCACACAUCAAGCUGCUAAUUGCAAGACUGGAAGAAUCCCAGAACCUUGUAGCAGAAACUACUGAAGAUUCCAUAAAGCUCAGGUGUAAGGUGCAAGAACAGGAGAUGAAAUGGCUUGCUGAGAAGGACCACCUCCUUUCUGUCUUAGCCUCAGUCCAGGACAAUAUGUCUCUAAUCUCUCAUUUAGAGGCUAUUGAUAGAUCAGGAAGCUACACAGACCUGACAAAAGUGAAGUCCACUUGUGAGCUGAAGGAUUUAAGACGGGAUAAUGAACUAUUAAAGGUUGAGGCAGCAGAAGCUGAGGAUCUGCGUGUUGUGUAUGAGGCACAGUGUCUACAGCUGGAGCAGAGAAUGUGCAAACUUAGGGAAGAGAAGGAGGCAACUGAGCAAAUGUUCAAGGAAAGAAACCAGAAACUUUUGAAACAGGUUAAUAUGCUUAGAAAUGAAAAUAUGAAGCUUAAUGAAAGGCGCAAGACUGAUAUAAGAGGCUUUCAAACCAGCAUUCGGCUUCUGAAGGAUGACAUGAAGACAGUUGUUCAUCAGAUAUACAAGCUGACAAUGGCACUUUCAGGGGACACCAUACCAGUUGACUUUGCAACACUAAAUGAGAUGCAAGCAGUGACCACCUUAGUGAGGGCUGUGCAAAAUGCCAUUGAGGCUCAGAGGAGGGCACUGCUGGUUGGGGAGAGUAACAUUGCUUAUUCUGCAGAAAUUUAAGAAAAGAGGUGGGGAGAAUGACCUUGUUCAUCCUGUAGACCUAGAGAAUGGGAAAAGCAAUUGACUUUGUCCAUUCUAUUAAACCAGAGAAGGGGAGGGUGGUUGACUGACUUUAUCAAUCUCAUGCCUGUAUAAGAGGCAGUUAAGAGUGACUUUUUUCAUCCUUAAGAUGUUCAUGAAAAGAAUGGGUAGAGUAACCAUUCUGGCAAAGUAUGUCAAGGGAGGUAAAGCAUGACUUUGUUCAUAGGACAGAAAGGGAAAGCAACUAUGUUUAUUUGAAAGGAAAGUGAAGGGAGAAGAGUCAUUUAGUCUGUCCCAUAGAUCUGUAGGAGAAACUUUAAAAAGAUGUCUUUACUGAAAAUAGAAAUGGAGGAACAGAAUUCUUGCUGUCAACAAUAACAUUCUGGAUCAAUCAGCUACACCCAUAUUCCUCUCUGUGGUGUAUGCAGUUCUGUGAAGUUACUUGUUUAUUAUUCUUCGUUCAUUUGAAUCAGGCAAUCUGAACACAACAAUUUUGGUAAAAUACCUUUAAUUUACAUCAGCCCUCUCACACACUGAAAGUUUAACAAGUUUCUUUUUCCACUGCAACACGCUUGGGGCUCCUGAGGGGGCUCGCUGGAAUGGCCUGACUUCGCUGUAAAAUGUAUUUUUUUCUAUUAUCAAUUUCACCAACAAAUUUUCUUUUUCCCUGCCAUUUUUAUACAUCAUUGGCUUUGUAAUGGAUUAUUCUGCAUUAUUAAAAGAAAAAGAACCAAGAAAUGGAAAUAUACAGUAAAUUUUACUGACUGCAUAUACAUUGUGUAAAGAAAAUUAAUACUUAUAUUCACCACCUUGUAGCUCAAAAGUUUGAGUUGACUUUUUAUGUUGCAUAUCCCAAUUACAGUGGAUGUUUAUGAGCUUUUCAACGCUACCAUCAGAAUUUUUAUAUGACCAAUAGUUUUUAAGAAAAUGGAGGAAAAAUGCAGCACAUAUUGGAAAAUUUAUUUUAAGUAUAUACUUUUUCCUAUUGUCACUUCAAAGCUACCCUCACAAGAAAGUUGACAAUUAGGUUAUUUGAUAGGCCUCGCUUGGAUCUUUAAUGCACCAAAUUUUUUAUGCAAUUCUGUCAAAAACUUUAUUUUUGGCAAAUUAAAAAAUAAUUUUUUACAUGAUUUGCAUGAAAAGCUGAGUCAUAGAUGAUUAAGUUUUGAUGCAGUUCAUGCCAUGAUGUGUGAGAGGGUUAAGAUGUAAACUGUAUGGUUACACACUUGCAAUGUUCAGUAUUUUGUAUGUAUUGUUGGCAUGGAAAGGGUCAAACAUUAUUUAAUUAUUUUAGUAAAGUUUUCCAUGUGAAAUCUUGGAAAUUUCAUUGUGUAUUGAUCAGACUCUUUUCAAGUAAGAUAUAUUAAGUGUUUUCAAUGGGGUGCCAUCCCAUUUUUAAAAAUUGAUAGUAUUUGUUCCACUUUUCCUCAACAGUAGGUAUAUAAAAUUGCUAAGUUUAAAAUUUUAGGCCGUGGUCCCGUGGUAGAGUCUCCGCCUUGAGCUUCGGCGGGUUGCCAGAGCGUGAGUUCGAGAUCUAUCCUGUGCCAUGGGGGUGGAAAGGUGGGCUCUUUCCGACACCCUCAGCCCUGUUGUUGAGCCGUCUGGGGGGUUGUGCGGCAUGCUCCGCCUUCCUCCAUUGGGGUGUAUCCCCCCCCCCCCCCCCGUAAAAAAAAAAUUUAGGCUCAAUAAUAACUUACAUUACACAUAAAUGCAGAUAUGUAAAAUAUUCAUGAAAACUUGAGUGUGUUCAAUUUGGCUGACUAAAAUAUUCAAAUAUAUAAGGAAUAAUGAAAAAACAACAUUUCCAAACUAUUUUGCAAAAUGCAGUGAAAAUGGGUGCAGUUAAUCAACUCUAAUAUAAGAAAAUAUUAACAGCAAGAAUUUUGGCUGACAGGUGAUGGACUAAGAGUAUGACAAAAUUAAAGUCAUUCCCCUUCCUUGUUGAGAUAUUGAUCUUGGACUAAGAGUUCAAAUGUUUGUGCCUUAAUAUAUUAUCUUCAGAAAAAACUCAUCAUAACAAAGAAAUGUAGUGAAAUAUAAUGCAGAAAAAUUUUGUG